AUGGCGCCUCCCAACAACAUCAUCACCGACUUAGAUUCUCAGCUCGCGUCUCUGAACCAGCUGAAACCACCCGGAGCGAGUAAGGGCAAGAUCGCUUCCAUCACUAAGCUAUGCGUGGAGAACCUUCAGGCGGAAUCCAACAUCGUACAAUCCCUCUAUCGCGCGCUCAAGAAAGCACCCCCUACCCACAAACUCGGCGCAGUCUACGUGAUUGACAGUGUAGUCCGUCGGUGGAUCGAGCAAGCAAAGUCGAGCGGGCAAGACCUGAACAUCGAAGGACGGGGGGAGUCCGGCACGGAAGCCGCAGCCAUCAAACGCAUCACCCAGCUCAUGCCCGCCCUCUUCGACGACACUGCCAAAGACAUCCCCACGGAGCAGAAAGAGAAGCUGGAGGGCAUGAUCAGGAUUUGGGAGAAAGGCAACACAUUCCCGGCGAAGAUGCUGUCCGAGUUCCGAGCGAAACUCAGCGGUGCUUCAGUCCAGACAAACGGCACCGAUGCAACCCACAGCAGCGGCAGCAAGCAUACCGGCGAGAAGUUUUCAGCGCCGGUGCCAAGCAGACCUGUAUCCACUCCCACUGGGUUCCCGCCGCAGCAUCUGUAUGAUCAAGGGUUAAUUGUUCAAAAGGGGUUGUCAGGUGCAGCAAAUAGUGCUGGUCCAGCCCAUACACAACCACAACCGCCACCACAACAAUCAGUUCCUGCCCCGCCAUCCGACGUCAACAGCAUCCUUGCCGCGCUAGCAAAUACUGCGAGCAAGCCACCACCACAGCAAGCCGUUCCUCAACCUGCAGCCCCAGCGCAAAACGGCCAACCGCCUAUUCCAGCAAACAUCAUGGCUAUGCUUCAACAAAACGGCGCUAUCCCUCCACCAGCUACACAAUCGUUCCCUACAUAUCAGCCCACGCCGCAACAACCAACUCCAUAUCAGGCGGCACCGGGACCGCCACCGUUCCAGAUGCCACCGAACUUUCCGGCUUACCCUGGCUUACCACAACCGCCUCCCUCUGUUCCUCAGCAGUACAGCCAAGCACCUCCACCCUACCAGGCGCCACCGGCAACACAGCCAAACGACCCUCUUGCAGCUCUACGUGGCAUUCUACCUCAAAGUAUCAUCAACGAUCAGCAAAAGCUGGUCCAAGCCCUCCAGGUGCUGCAAGACCUGCAGAAAGACGGCAUUCCUAUGGAGCAGUGGGCCCCUGUGCUGCAAGCGUUUGAUCAGCAGUACCAAGCGCCUGCCCAACAAUCAUACGGUGGGUACGGCGGUCAGGCCAGAGGCCGUGAUCGCAGUCGAAGCCCAGAUGGUGGUCGUCGGAGGGCAAGUCCAGUCUAUGGCAAUUACGACGACUCUCGCAAGCAGAAGGACGAACCUUACGGAGGACGCAACGAGCAACGUCGAUACAGGCAGCGCUCUCCCGUCCGCGACAGUCCUGCCCCGGCGGCCCACUCACUCCCUCCCGGCACCAAUCUCGCCAUGAACGGCAUGCCGAUGCAGCCCAAAUACAUCGCCAUCGACAACAAUCUCCCACGCGACUCCAUCAAAGUCUUGUCGCGCACGCUGUUCGUAGGCGGUGCAAAUGGAAGUCAGCAGGAGAUCCAAUCUCUAUUUGAGCGCUUCGGACGAGUCCAGACAUGCAUAGCCAACCGCGACAAGCGUCACGCCUUUGUCAAGAUGACUACACGUGCACACGCCGUCAACGCCAAGUCCAGUAUGGAGCGACUGCAGGCCAGCAAUGAUCGCGAAACCAUGGCCAUCGCCCGCCAGACGAAAUGGGGUGUUGGCUUUGGACCACGCGAGUGCUGUGAUUACGGACGAGGCGAGAGCAUCAUCCCUAUCGGCAAGCUGACCGACGCGGAUAUGAAGUGGCUUCUCACAGCCGAGUAUGGCGGGACAGGCGGACAGAAGGUGGAGGCGGGGAUGGUGCUCGAAGAACCCGACAUUGAAAUCGGCGCCGGCGUCAGCUCCAAAGCCAUGAGCAGGCGUGUCAUGCCGGACGCUUCUGGAGCGGGCGCAGGCGGAGGGAAGCGAGGAAGAGGAGACGACGGUGGACAGCGGAGGGACAACAAUCGCGGGGCGAAGAGGCACGACGACGGCGGUGCUGGUUACGGAUACAGCGGAGUGAGCGGUGGUCCGCCGCAACUCAUGGAGCAAUAUGGAUACGUUCGGCCGGAGCCGGUGGCUGUUGCUACGCCUCCUGCUGUGCCGGGCUUCGGUUUCACGCUUCCGGGAAGCGGUGGGGGGCAACCUGCUUAUCGCUAG